AUGAUGAAGAUGCGCUCAACAGCAGAAGAGCUGAAGAUGAUACUGAAUUUGAUGAAGAGAAAAAUGCAUCCUGUUUCGAAAAACAAAAAUCGAAUGCCAAGGCAAACCAGCGAUAUCAAAUUACCUCUCGUGGUCAUCGUUGCUUAG